CUGUUCUCGUCAGAUUCAACCUGCGCUGCUGGGGAGUGGUGUUGACUAUAAUAUCUCGGAUUUUAUCGUUGUUGUUUUUUCUAAAAAAUAUCGUCUAGCAAGAAAGUGGUUUUUUUCGCACUCAUUCAUUGAAUGAAUUUGUACUAGUAAUUUCCAGUCGCGUAUUAACUACCGGUACAAUGAAAUUGUGGCUAAUACGGCUGGCUGUAUUCAUCGCGUGUGUGUUUGACCUUGCUGCCUCAGCCAACAAGCAACCAACAUGCCAACCAGAUGAUUUUCAUUAUCAGUUUACUGAGUGUGAUAGUGAUGGAGUAAGGUGGAGAGUGUCUGUACCGGACCCAGAUGCUUGCACUGGUGGUGCCCCGCCUCCUCCUGUCAGAGCACCUGACUGUGGAUUUUCUUGUGGACCUGGUGAAUAUUUAGAUGUAGAGGAUGAGACUGACCUGAGUUGUAAGAAAUGUCCUACUGGAACUUACUCUUUGGGUGGAGGUGUGCGAUAUCAAGACUGGUCACAACUACCAGUAGGCUUCUCAUUGUUGUCCGAGAGUGUGAGUGAUGGAUGGAUGGAAAGUAAAAGUAACUGCAACCAAUCCCAAUGGCACCCUAUGGGUAAUUUCAUUGCUUCUGCUGGAGAUGAUUGCUCAUCAAUGUUAUUAUAUACUGCUAACCUUAAGAAACCUGGCUCUGUUUCAUUUACUUACCAAUAUUCUGAUGACGAUACUAUAUUUCAUGUGUAUGCCCAGAAUGAUCAGUGUCAAACAUUGAAGGAUACGAAUGCUAAUAGAUGGCCCCAAGCUACUGGUGAUGGUGAAUGGAAGAAAAUAACAAUGUCACUGAAAUCUGGUUUGAAUGUCAUCUAUUGGAAGACAAUGGGAGUUGAUUUUGAGACUUCAUCAAGAAAGAAAAAAUCUAAACCUGUACUGAUUCGUGAAAUUGAAGUUAUGGGCAUUGCCUACACAUCUGAGUGCACCAAAUGUCCCAAUGGUACUUUCAGCAAAGAGGAAGGCUCCAUUUACUGUGAGCAGUGCCCAGAAAAUACUUUUUCAGAGAGUGGUCAAAGUGAGUGUAAACCUUGCCUUGCCAAACAGUAUUCAGCUGCUGGGGCUGCCGUUUGUAUUGAACGUAAACCAUGUACUGCCAAAGAUUAUUUUGAAGUACACGGUCCUUGUGAUGAAAACAAACAGACUCAGUUGAUGUACAAAUGGAUUGCACCCAAGAUAUGUAGUGAUGGUAAAGGUGCUGUAGCGUUACCGACAUCUGGUAAAAAAGAAGACUGCCCUCCUUGUAAUCCUGGCAUGAGUUUUUAUAACAACACUCAUUGUCAGUUCUGUCCAGAAAAUCAGUUCUCAAAUGGUGAAAACGCAUGCAAGACUUGCCCGGCUUCCACUGCUCCCAUAUAUGGUAUGGAAUUUAAAUGGUGGAAUACUAUGCCUCCAAACUUGGAUACAUCAUGCCUCAGUGUCUCAGAUUAUGGAUGUCCUGAAGAUGGUUUUGUCUUAUUUGGUGAUCACAUCCAGUCUUCUCAAGGUAGUGACGAUGACGCAUAUCUCAUACUGUCGCUACACACUGAUGGGUUCCGCAGUGCAUCAGCAGUCUACAAUGGCAAACCCGGUGAAGUUGGUCGUGUAACGUUUGUCUUUGAGUUGAUCUGUUCUGGAGACUGUGGGUUUUAUUUCAUGGAAGAAGACGAUCGGGAUUCAGAUGUGAUUGAAAGUUGGGAAAAAUCCAUGGAUAAAUUUGAAUACAGUUACUCAGUAACCAAGUCAGGGCCAAGAACAUUCAGUUGGGCAUUUCAGAAAACUAAUAACGAUGAUUAUAAACGUGAUGCAGUUGAUUACAGAGAUGAUAUGGCAAAAAUUUAUCUCAUUAAUGUUACCAAUACUGUAGAUGGAGGAGCUUCAGUGUGUAAACCAUGCCCCAGAGGCAGUGAUGUGAAAGGAUGUAUUCCGUGUCCACCAGGUCAUUAUAUUCCAAAUAAUAGCGACAAGUGUAAAGCAUGUCCUGCAGGGACAUAUAUUCAAGCCGGUAAUCCAUUUGUUGAAGAGUCAUGUUUGGAUUGUGGUCCUGGGACUACCAGUCAUAAUGGUACUGUGUGUGAAAGUGAUUGUCAUUAUAUCUCACCAACAACAGGCUCUGUCUAUGAUUUCUCACCUCUAAAGGAAUUUCGUAACAUAAUGAGUGCGCCAAGUUUCACUGCUAAAGGAACUCGAUAUUACCAUUUAUUCAAUGUCAGUCUAUGUGGUAAUCAUGGAAAUGGAAAAGCUGUGUGUAGAGAUAAUGUCACUUACUAUUCAGAGAACUCUGAGGACAAUGUGACGUCUAUGGUUUGCCGUUCUACUAUCAUACCAAGUGGCGAAAAUGAAGCGCCAAUGUCAGCUCAGCCUGUCAUUACCGAGGACAGAACUUUUAAUAAUAUCACAGUUUCUGGCUUUGAGAAAGACUCCAUUGAUCUACCGGAUAUCAAUUUCUAUUACAAUUCUGCUAUUUCAACUACAGCUUGCCCAAAUGGACGUUCCUCUGUCAUCAGUUUGCGCUGCGACAUCACAGCACCCGACAAUGGUGUGGUUGAGCUACCUACUGGCUGUCCCGAUGGUACUUGUGAUGGAUGCACGUUUCAUUUCUUGUGGAGGUCUCAUCUUGCCUGCCCUCUGUGUACGGAGAAUGAUUUUAAAUCCAUCGAAGAGAACUGCAAAGGAGGAAUCCAAACUAUUCACUAUGUUUGGAAGAAUCAACCAAAGAAUUGUCGUGAUGGUGCCUCCUUACCGGAUAAAGUUAACAAGAAGUGUCCCAUGCUGACAUUUGAAGCUCAAAUUGCUAUCACUGUUGCCGUAGGAUGUGCCGCUUUACUGAUUGCUCUCAUUGUUUACUUCUGGAAGAAAACCAGGAAACUGGAAUAUAAAUAUCAGCGAUUGGUUCAGUCAUCAAGUGGCAAAGAUGGAGAGCUACCCACUGUGGAUUCAUGUGCAGUUGAUGAAGGAGAUGAAGAUGAAGUCAUAUUCAAUGAUGGCCAAAGGAAAUCUGGUGGAUUAUUCAGUAAAUUUAAAUCAGCAGUCAGUAGUAAGGAUUCAGGCUUUCAGAAAAAGACAUUAAAAGAACUUGAAGAAGAUGAUCCAUUGGCCAUGUUUGAAUAA